ACUCAUUUCUAUUUCCCACCCAGGUGAAUUGCAAUUACCCACUGAAAAAUGUCUGUAAUAAAGAAAAAACGUGUUUCGAAGAAAAACAAAUCAGCAUGGCGUAAAACGGAUAUUAAAGAUGUAGAAGAAUAUUUGGAAGACCAACGACAGGAAGAACGCGUUGGCUCAUUCGCAGAAAAAGAAGAUGAUGAGCUGUUUAUGGUGGAUGCAACACCAUUAAAACAUAAACAGGUUGUUAUUACAGAAAAGCAGAAACGAAAAUUAAAUGCUAAAAAGCCUUUACGCUCUUUGGAGGCUUUAAACAACACUUCCAAAGUCCAGGAUCCAAUUGUAAAACGGAAUCGUGUUCGGCAAAAGAAGAAUGGUCGGGUUAUUGAAGAGGAAGUUCUUAACCCUACUAAGCCUCGACACUUUCAGGCCAAUAAAGAUAGAGAACGAUACUAUCAAGCUCUUGAAAAAAAGCUAAGCAAAGAAGGACAGAGCACUAAAACUGCAAAAGAUAUAUGGGCUGAAGAAGACUUUCGUGACAAAAUCCCUGGUUUGAAGGAUGAGAAGGGUUGGAUAAGCAAAGAAUUAGCAUUGCAUGUGACAAAAAAUGUGGGCAAGCCUGUUAUAAAAGUGCACGACAGCAUACGCCACCGCACAACCAAAGCAAAGAAAUUCGAAGCUCCUCAUCCGGGCAUGAGUUACAACCCCUCCUUAGAGGAUCACCAAGCGCUGAUAAAAGAGGUAGCAGAUCGCGAAGAAAAAAUUAUUAAAGUGGAGAAUCAUUUAAAACGCGUUACUACUCUAAUGUUUUCGAAAGUCACACCAGAGGAACGCGAUAGACGUCGAUUGGAAGAAAUGCGUUCUGGUUUAGAGGAUGAAGAUUUUGAUGAAAAAGAUAUCGAAGGAAUUGAUCAAUUAGAUGGCGACGCAUACAAAAGCAUUAAUCCACCGGUUGAGAAUAAAAAGAGGAGUAAACAGUCACGUCGAAAAGAGUUGCAACAAAAAGAAUUAAAGAAAAAACAAAUAGAGAAAAAGGCCCUUAAAAAGCAAAUCGCAGAUUUAAAUAGGAUAAAGUCAAUUAAAGCUGAAGUCAUAGCAGAAGAAGAACAGCUGAAUGCUUUGAAGAAACAUCGCAAGAAGGCAGAGUUGAAGAAAAAAUUCGAAACCAAGCGUUUAGGAAGCCUUAAAUACGUUGAGCCAGACACAGACAUUAAUAUGCCAGAGGACAUUGCGGGAAAUUUACGAAAUGUAAAACCAGAAUCCAGUUUGUUGGUCGACCGAUUUAAAAACUUCCAAAAACGCAACAUUUUACCAGUAAGUGUUGCUACUGGAAAACAGAAAUCAAAGAAAGUAAAGCGAUUCCCGCGCAGUUCGCACAAAGAUCCUGGCGUGUCAUUUAAAAUGCUUAGGGAACAACGAAAGGUGGCUCAAGCAUAAACUUUGGUUUUAUUGUUGUAAGCAAUGUAUUUCUUAAGGACUUUCCGAGAUAACUUUUAAAAGAGAAAAUAUAAUUCCACUUGUUAAAAAGAUAAA